CGCACUUGUUGAGCUUGAGGUUGUGGUUGUGAUGGUGAUGGAGGACAACAUCUCUGCAUGCGGCGGCGUCCUCCACACCGUAGGCAAUUUCUGGCCUGUGCAUUUCUUUACUAGCCCUCCAAGACCCUUAACUUGGUAGUGUGACUCCCGCCUUCUAGACCCAAGUGAACCCCAACCCAUAGUGUUAUUAGUUCUGGAAAAUUAGUAGAAGAGAGCGUGUUGGGUAGUGGCCUCCAUGUUUCCUCCUCAAGGUUGUGUGUGAUGUGGGUGCGUGGGGGCAGCCUGGGGGGAGGUGUGUCUGGGGGGACGGCAGUGCUGGGCGGCGGUGGUGUGAGUGGCGGUGGGCGGCCUUUGUGGAUCCCUUACUGCACUAACACCGACCAACGCAACGCAGCGGCCGCCCUCGAGUUUGCUGGCAAGGCUGACUGUCUUAAGUUCAUCCGGGAAUUGAAUCGUGAGACAUCGAGCUACCGUCACCUGGCCGUGGGUCUUGGAGGCAGUGGUGACUGUGACCAGCUGCGGGAGGAACUCAAGAGGUCCAGGCGCCGGGCUCAGGACCUCGCCAGGGAGGCCAAAAAUAAACUGAGCCCACACCUCCUAGAAGCAGAUACAGUGCGGCCAGAGGUAGCCAGACUAUGGCGUAUACUCUUCUGUUGCAUACGGGUACUAGAGCAGGAGAUGUUGCGCACACUGACCCUGCAGCACACCUUCGGCUUACACCUGGGACCCAUUGGCCUCAUCAACACAGGCGUCCACGAGUAUGGCAGCAGUCACCGGUCAGGGCCACCCGGUGACUGCCUCGACCUCUCCCUCACUGACAGACUGGCACUAGAGAGGGCAGAGGUCAAUCAACUCCAUAAAGAACUAAUAGACCUGAGGAAUCUAAUCAACGUGAUGGAAAGCAGUUUGGAUAUGAAGACGUGGAUCUUGGACGAGCUGACCGAGAAACAGUUACUUGCUGCCAUCAACGAAGACUCCAACUCCUGCCAAGAGAAUACCGAGUCUGUCUGUUCUGAAGCUGAAUCUGUGGGGGAAGAGAGCAUCAACACAGUGCAGCGGCGGCGUUGUCUGUGUUGGAUCGUGACCUCCGUCGUGCUGGUGUUCUUUCUCAGUACCGUCAUGGGCAUACUGGUGGUGUUCCUCACGUAGCCUCUACUGUACUGUACAAUACAGUGGCCCCUCCAUUAAUGAGCACAAUUGGCUCCACAGAGUCACUCGUUAACUGAAAAUCUUAUUAACUGAAUCUAUUAUUUCAAUGGGAUAUAUUAGGCAAUUGGUUCCAACUCACAGAAUUCCCUUAAAAUGAAUUAAAAAGUACAUACAAAAUACUGUAUACCAGUAAUAGAAUUAACAAAACUUUAAAUAUAAACAAAAUACAGUACUGUACUGUACAGUAUACUGUACAAUAAUAAAUAAAAAACAAUAGAAUAUGAGGUGUGUAUGACGAAUUUCCGGCGGCGCAAACAGCCGAUUGUAGACACAGUCAAUGAUAUGUUAUAUUCUUUACAGAGUGCAUUGGUUCUAAUGCCUUCUUCGUAUUUCUUAAUAAUUUCUAGUUUCACUUGAAUUUAAAUCGCCUUCUGAGAUUUCUUCGGACCCAUGCUUGAUAAUUUCACCAAUAAAAUUUGAAGUUCACAACAAUUUACUUAACUAA